GACAAGACAGACCCUCCUAUAUCCCAAUUCAACUUAACAAAACUUGAAUGACUUUCAAGAUCAACAAUAAGAUUUAGUAUUAGUAAGGUAUCCGCAGCAAAUUACAUCAUGAAGACCGAUUUCAACCCUGAGUCCGAUAUCCCCAAUCUCGAGGGGAAGGUGUUCCUCAUCACAGGUGGUAUGUCCCCCUUAUCCCUCAGCCACAAACAAAUAAGAAGCCAACACCACCCCAGGAACCACAGGCCUAGGCGGCGAAACCCUCCUCCAACUCGCCAAGCAAAAGCCCGCACACCUCUUCUUCACAGGCCGGAACCAAGCCAGCGCCGACGACGGCGCGGGCGCAGUGAAAAUCACGUUCCUCCGCUACGACUUCGGGUCCCGGGACUACGUCGCCCGGGCCGCGCGCAGAGCGAUAGGUUGGAUGUCCUGGUCGCGUCGGCGGGGCUCAUGGUGGCGGCGCCGGGGUUGACGGGGGACGGGUACGAGGUCCGGUUCGGGACGGCGCAUAUGGAGCAUUUUACUUUGCUUAAGCUUUUGCUUCCGGUGCUGUUAAGCACUGCGGCGGCAGAAAAGGAGAAGAAAACCGGAGAAGGGGCAGGGGCUGGGGAUGGGGGGGAUGUAAGGGUCGUAGCGCUGACGAGUCUGGGGUACGCGCUGCAUCCGUGCGGGGGCAUCGCGUUCGAGGAGCUGAAGACGGAGAUGGCGCGGACGGAACACGUGGGUGCGCUACGGACAGUUUUACUUGCCGGUUGGGAAGGAGGGAGAUUUGGUGAGGGAUGGGGAGGAUAUGGAGUUGGCGAAGAGACUGUGGGAGUGGAGUGCGAGGGAGAUUGACGGGUUGGAGUUGAGUUGAUGGUGUGGUUGUGGUAAUUUUCCCUCAUGUAAACGGUGAGUCAGAAGGGGGGGACUCCGUUCCUAGGACGACUUAUCUCUUUGGAAUUAACUAUGUAGGUUGCAUACCUA